GGACAAAAUAUUUUUUAUCGCGCCAACCGCGGUGUGCUUUUAAACAUGGCCGUCGGCCGGCGCCAUUCAGUAUAACCGCAACCGGUGGCGAAGGCGCUCCCGCCAACUAACAUUACGAUUCAAAACAAAACUUUGUAAUAAAAACUCAGUGAACACUUUCGCAUAUUUUUUUUAAUUUAAAAGAAGGUUUUAGUGAUCAUACUUUCAGCUAAAUUUUACAAGUGAUUUUUUAAUUCGGAAUCUCGUAGAUGCCAAUUAGCCGGCAUCAUCGCAUUCGAUAUCUGAAUAGCUCAGGGUCCGAUUUGCAUUUACCGUGAAUGUGAUAAAUUGUGCAAGGAGUUUGUAAGCAGAGUCCGUUUAGAAUCCACAAUGGUGGUUCGAGUAGCGACAGACGAGCGGCCGUUCGAGACGCCCUCCUCGGACGAGAGCGGGAUGGGGCGCAGCGACUCGCCGAGCGACGCGGAACCAGAGGCAGCCUUGGUCGUACCACCUGAUGGAGGGUGGGGCUGGGUGGUUGUAUUCGCAUCGUUCAUGUGCAACUUCUUCGUGGACGGCAUCAUAUUCUCUGGCGGGAUGCUUAAAGAUGCAAUCAAAAAAGAUUUUACGAUUAGUGAAGGGGAAGUGGCUACGGUGAAUUCAUUACUGGCCGGUUUUUAUCUUCUGGCUGGUCCUUUCAUAUCAGCUUUAGCGAACAAGUAUGGGUUUCGUUCCGUCACUAUUGCGGGUAGCAUCAUUGCAAGCUGCUCCUUCGCCAUAUCUUACUACGCUGACGGAGUCAUGUUCCUUUACAUCAUUUACGGUGUUUUUGGAGGAAUCGGUCUUUGCAUGAUCUACAUGCCAGCAGUGCUCACAGUGGGCUUCUACUUUGAGAAAUGGCGAGCGUUGGCGACAGGACUCGCUCUUUGCGGAUCCGGCGUGGGCACCUUCGUAAUGGCACCCCUGACCGACAAACUCAAUGAAUUAUAUGGUUGGAGGAUCACUGUUCUUGUUCAUGCAGGAAUGCUUCUGUCGUGCAUUGUGUUCGGAGCCAUGUUCCGACCAAUCGAACCAGUCCGCGUAACGCUAGAUGACUCCAGCGAAGAAGACGAAGCACGUCGCCACGAGGAGGCCGUGGAAAAACUCAACAGUAUGCUCAAACUGCAGUCUAAAUUUGACUCUGGCAUCUCCAUGCCCCAUGAAAGAUUCACCAAUAAAGUCACACCUCAUACAUGGAUGGGUGUAGCCAAUAACACGCGGUACCCGACAGCGGAAGAAGUUUUCCGCGGAAGCAAUUCCCACUUGACACAAUACAGUCGGCGUUCGUCAGCUAACGCUGGUGCAAUCAAAAACGCGCUUGGAAACAAACCGUUAUUCAUAGAUGUCCCUGUAGCUGAAAAAGACGAACAGGAAGACUCCAAUAGUCACAUGGACAAUACUGAACCUCUUAUCACCUCUAAAGUUAAAGUUAGGCCCGUAAAUUAUAAUUCUCGGCGUUCGCACGCUGAUUUGGCCAGGCCUCUGUACCGUGACGACAUUUUCUUUGGAGCUAGCUUGACAAGAUUACCCCAGUAUACCUCGCGUACUUCACUGGGAUAUCACUUGGCUGUCACUCAUGUUCCCACUAAGGAAGAUGCUCAAGAAGAACGAUCCAAUAAGUGCCGAUUUUGCCCGGAGGCUGUGAGAAGAGCUCUGGCUACUAUGUUGGAUGUCAACCUAUUCCUUUCACCCACUUUCGUGAUUUUGGCAGUGAGCGGACUUUUCACAAUGUUGGGAUUCUUUGUGCCAUACAUGUAUAUCAAACAGAGAGCUUUAGAUUUCAAUGUAAGCAAAUCGAGCAGCGAUUGGUUGGUGUCCGCUAUUGGAGUGUCGAAUAUCGUCGGUCGUGUCAUCUGUGGAAUGGUCUCGUCUAUGCCGAAGGUUUCACCACUAUGGCUGAACAACAUCGCCUUGUCUGCAGGCGGCAUUGCCACCAUGUUAAGCGGGCUCUAUUAUAGCGAUGUCUACCAAUUCGGAUACACUGUCGUAUUCGGCCUCGCCGUCGCAUGCUUUGCGUCUCUUCGGUCCAUCUUGGUAGUGGAGUACCUAGGAUUGGAAAAGCUGACGAACUGCUUCGGAUUGUUCCUCCUCUUCCAAGGACUUGGAGCUUUACUUGGCAACCCUAUAGCUGGUAUUCUAUACGACCAAACGCAGAGUUAUGAUAUACCCUUCUACGUGUCUGGUGGAUUCCUAUUGUUCUCGGCAGUUAUGUGCUACCCUGUAGACUGGGUCAGCAAAUGGGAGAAGUCUCGCAAGAAAUAUAAUGACGCUGCCAGUAUGAUGGGCUAACGUCUGAACGGAGAGUUCAACGCGAUACUGAACUCUAACUGGGACGAGAGACAUUGGUGCCAAAAGAAUCCCAAAACAGAAUUAGUGCUUCUAUUCUGGGCCGGGCGACCUCCUAGUGCAUACAAAAUGUGAUUCCUUCGGCUGGCAUUCGACGACAACAUGAACGAUUAAUUUACGUACCUUGAAUACAAGCCUAGGAAUUGUGAUGUCCUUAGCCCGCUCUGUAUUGCGGAAAUUGUACAGAUUUACUCUACCCGUUAGCAGAAAAAUAGUAACGAAGUUUAAUCGGAUUAGUAAAACCUCGAAUAAGAAAUUGCGGAUGCAAAACAUUCCCUUCGGAGAACCUAAGAAAGACAACACUGCGAGGGAUGGUUGUUUUAGCAGUGGGCUCAGUUAAGUCGAUAAAUGCAUUUAAAAAUAGAUUUAGAUAAAAAAAAGUACAAAGACUCGGAUUUAAAAUGUAGGAUUAUAUCUGACGGAAAGAUCGGUGCCUACGAGAUGAUCGUAGUUUAAAGUUUUUGUAAAAUGGUAAAAACAAUGUACCUACCAAACAGAUCCUAGAACCGGUGCCUUGUAAAAGACUACUAUUACUUAAUAUACACAUUAUAGAACUGUAAGAUACGGCAUAUCAGAAUCAGAAUGCAUGAGUGAUUGAAAUGUAAUGUUUGUGCCUUAUUGUACCUACGUUGGUUAUGUUUAUGUGUUGGUGUGGUUUGUUAUAUUGAUCUUGUUAGGACACCAGUUCCAAAUGCCCGUUGUAUUUUAUUUAAAAUAGUUCGUAAUAAACUUUUUGUUUAACAAUUAUACAUGUAACUCUUAGAUUAAGUGCUACAAUGUGGCUGUGGUCUUUUAGAAUAUUUAAACAUUUGUAAAUAAGAAAUCAUAGUCAUUUUGAGUCUUCCUCCUACUUAAAUCAUUUUCGAGCCUGCGUAUUUCUAUAUCAACUUAAAUACCUCUAUCUUCGCUGAUGAGUACUGUGUAUUCGCAGGAUCUUCUUGGUAAAAGUUAUGCAUUAUUUUUGAUUCUUAAUAUUUAUCACAAAAAUAUAAAUUUAACUUAGGUACUUACCAAUAUUUCCAAAAAUUCGUUUAAGUUUAAAAAAGGUUUAAGUGAUAAUAUUACGGUAUUCUAUAGCAACGUUUAUUACGAAGACAUUCUAAGGUGUGCUGAAUAUUUUAGCUAGAAUCUUGUGUAUACGGGACCAAUUCUUCCUAAAGCGCGGAGUCCUCUUUAUGACGCAUCCACAUGCCCGGCGGCACGGCCGGCGGCCAACCCGGUGGCCAGGCCGCCGGCACAUGCAUCUUAUGUUGUAUUUGUUGGGUAUGCUGUCUGAAAGCCGGCGGCAUGUGUGGAUAGGCCAUUAGAAAAUUUAACAAUCAGGGUACUUUGUACUUAUAACUUGGGAGACUGAUAAAACCACAUGGGCAAAUUUGACAAACUGUGGUUCUUUUAUCUAGGCUUACUAGUUAAAAAGGCAAGGCUAAUAAAAUAAAUCGCUAAGCUGAUAAAAUAGAUAAUGAUACAAAUAAUAAUAUUUACAUCAAUAUGUACAUAAAUUUUAAAUCAAUUAAAUUAUUUAUUUUCUAUUUUAUUCUUAUUUAAGAUGAAAAUAGAUAUAAUCAGAAACGAAUCUGGUCAAUACUCAUUACUGUAUAUAAUACAUUUAUGUAUAUAUAUAUAUAUGGGAGAUUUUUGUUUUACUUUUUGGUAGAUCUGUUGGUUGAUAUAGACUUAUUGUUGGUUGUAAUUUCGAUACGAUUAUUUAUAUACUGUCGUUGUAUUUGACAAAAUGUUUAUGUAAAUGAGGUGACUAUGAUUUUUUUGAGUUUGGAGCGGUGUUUGCCACAUUGCCAAUAAACUGCUUGCAUUGAUUCUAUCAUUAGAAGUCAAUAUUACCCAAAAUAUGUUUUGGAAGCGAUAUACAUGUCUUUAAAACUUUAACUAAUAUAGUUAAAAUAUUUACUCUACUUAACCCAUUUGAAAAGUACUUACUGAAAUAAUUUCCAUCUCAUCACUGCAUACACUUUUUGAGUGCAAAAGUUUAAAUUUUGGAGCAUUUUAUUUUCGGAUUAGGAAUAAUACCUCAAAAUAAAUGUAUAAAACACAUGAAUGUAUCCAGAAUGUAACAUAGAUUGAUAGCAAGCAAGCAGAUACGAUUCCCAAUAUAUUAUAAUAUUGAGAUCGAUUGUUUUUAACCCGAAGUUAUUCUUCAGAAAAAUCGAAGUGAAUAAAGAAAAAUUGUUGAAUAUUGUUGUUUCAUUUUACCCUAAAAUAGGAUCUUCUUCUCAUACAGACUUCUCAUGCUUUGUAUCAAAGCAAAAUGAUCCCAUAAUAUAGGCUAUUUCUUUUAAAAAUGGCGGAUGUUCUAAAUUCGUCGGCACUUUUUUAUAUUAGCCCUGAAGAAAAACCAAAUAACAAAAUUUUACCACACUAGUUUUUUUACAGAUGUUAGGGUAGGUCAUGAGAAGCUUAGGUUUAAAAAUCGGAGAAUGUAGGGUAGUCACAACUGGUCGCCAUAUUGGAAAACGCGUUAAUCGCUAUAUCUCUGAAAUUAUUGACUUUACGGGAAAAAAUAUAGUUAGCUUGUUUGUUUUUUACUAAAAUCCAUAACUUUUUUGUCUACAACUUUU